UUUCUCUCUCCUCCUGCCUCCGGCUCCACGCCACACACAGGAUAGCGAGAGCGGCAGGGACGGCGGCGCCGAGCUAGGGUUUUGAUCCGGCCUCGCCGGCCAGAGGCUACGCCGCCCCGCCGCCGAAGCCAUGGAGAGGGAGCUGCUGGAGACGUUCGAUGCGGCCAAGAAGGCGGCCGACGCUACGGCAGCGGACGGCGACUCGCCGGAGGCUGACCGCUGCCUCGACGCGCUGCGCCGGCUGCGCGACAUACGCGUCAACACCGACAUCCUCGUCUCCACGCAGGUUGGCAAACGUCUCCGACCCCUUACUAAGCACCCUCACUCAGGCAUCCAGGCGGUCGCUGCAGACCUUUUUGGGUACUGGAAAAAGGUUGUCCUUGAAGAGUCAGGAAAGAAAAAUGGUGGCUCAGAGAAUGAAAGAUCAAGUGACUCUUCUGGAAAGGUUGAGAAGGUGAGACCCAUGAAGGUUGAAAAGAAUUCUGCAUCAGCAAGCAUGAAGGUUGAGAAAAGAGAUGUGGAUGUUAGGGGUCAGAAGCCUGGCAGUGUCAAAGUUGAGAAGACCGCUAGCAAUGGUUCCAGAACUCAAUCUGUGAAGGUCGAAAGGGUAUCCAAAGAAGUCAGUAGAACUCCAGAUGCAAAGAAGCCAGCAUCCACCCCCAGCGGUGCCCCAAAGCUUACAUCUCUUGUCAAAUGCAAUGAUCCUACUCGAGAUAAAAUCCGGGAACUACUUGCUGAAGCUUUUGCAAAGGUUUCCAGAGAGACUAGUAAUGAUGACCGAGAUGAAGUGAGAAACAUCUUGGAUGAAGUUGAUGCAUGUGACCCAUACAGAGUUGCUGUGAAAGUAGAGUCUGCACUAUUUGAGAGGCUUGGACGUUCCACUGGGGCUCACAAGACAAAGUACAGGUCAAUCAUGUUCAACCUGAGGGCUGAAAACAACACUGAUUUCCGGAGAAGGGUUCUUAUUGGUGAAGUGACGCCAGAGGGGCUUCCAGACAUAUCUCCUGAUGAGAUGGCUAGUGAUGCAAGGAAGCAAGAGAAUAUGCAGAUUAAGGAGAAGGCUCUGUUUGAGUGUGAGCGGGCAGGAGCUCCAAAGGCAACGACGGAUCAGUUCAAGUGUGGCAGAUGUGGUCAGCGGAAGACAACUUACUAUCAGCUGCAGACUCGGAGUGCCGAUGAACCAAUGACGACAUUCGUCACGUGUGUGAACUGCAACAAUCAUUGGAAGUUCUGCUGAGUGGCAGCCUGCUAAAAUGUUUGCUUAGUUGUGCUGAGCACCAUUCUGUUGUGUGCUCUGUUAGUUAGCUCUGUGACUCAGUUCGACAGGGCAGGCUGAACUUAGUUUUUUCUAAGCUAGGAACCGUUAUCCUCUUCCUCUGUUAGUCGCUCUUUGCGAUCCUGAUUCGUUCAGAUUGUACUAGUUGAACGCAUAAAUGUUGUUGACUUGAUCAUAUCAUCAACAGCUGUACCCUUAAAGUUUUGGAUGGCUAUGUGGUUCAUUGUAAAUGUGAUCGUGUGGUUUUACAGUUGUAGUCAUGUACUCGUGGAUGUUGGAUAUUGUAGUAUUUUUGACAGCUCUGUUCUUCGGAUAUUCGGAUGGAGUUAGAGUA